AACUGUCAUCGGGUUGAAAUGUAAACGCCGAUUGUGUGCUGCGUGGGGCUGUCGAAAACUCAGUUUUGACAUUUCGUUCUGUGUGUGAGGUUUGCAUGCCAGAGUGGCGAAGUGAAGAUCUUUCAUAGACAAUGUCACGAGACGACCUUCCGUUUGUGUCUCGGUCUGAAUGGGGCGCGCGUGAGUCACGUGAAAUACAUCACAUGGACAAACCAGUCAGCCUCGUUUUCAUCCACCACACAAACAUGAAGUCCUGUACGACCCUGGAGGAAGGCUGUGAAGAAAUGCGAGUUAUCCAGAAUUUCCAUAUGGAUGAUCGAGGAUGGGACGAUGUCGGGUACAACUUUCUGGUAUCGGAAGCAGGGCACGUUUUCAUUGGUCGAGACUGGACAAGGGUUGGGGCACACACUUACGGGUUUAACCGUGUCGCCAUAGCUAUAUCCGUCAUGGGAAAUUUCACCGAGCGACCCCCGAGUGAACUUACCUUGCAGGUUGUGCAAAACGUCAUCAAUAGUGGUGUAGCUCAGGGGAAGAUAACUCCCGACUACAAAGUGUAUGGACAUCGUGAUGUGCGGGAGACGGAGUGCCCCGGGGAUAAGUUGUAUGCUGUCAUCAAAGCCUGGGAGCAUGCGGGACAGGAACCUCCCGAAAAACCUGCAGCAUAGAAUAUUUAUUGUAUGUUGUACAUCUCAACCUGAUUCUUUCAUUAAGAGGCUAACGGGUUCGGGGAUUAGACUCGCUGAAUGGAUUGAUGCAUGUCAUCAUCUCCAAAUUGCCUUGAUCGAUGCUCAUGAUGUCAAUCACUGGAUUGUCUGGUCCAGACUCGAUUAUUUACAGACCGCCGUCAUAUAGCUGAUAUAUUGCCGACUGCGGCGUUAAAAUCAAACGAACAAACAUUGUUUAAUGGGCAAUACUCUAUUUUUAUAUGAUUUAUACGUUUUAUUUUUAUAUAUAGAGGUUUUUGUAACACAAAAAAGAAGUGUUCACAAAACUAGUCGACUUUUCGCAUUAUGUACUUCAAUUCCUUUUCACUGAACUUAGCUUGAUACGUAUCAAACUGUUAUGAUCGGUAUUUGUAUUGUGGUUGUCUUGAAUAAAAAAUAAUCAAUUAAAAGGCUAGAAAACCUUUAUGUAUACAUUAACAUUGUGGUCGGCACAUAAGUUUUGAUGUUGUAGAUGGUGACAACAUAAUGUAUAUGAAGGCACACCAUAAACAGUUUGUAUUGUACGUACCAUUGUACGCAUCUCCCUAAUGAGUCAGGCAGGUGAGAUGCAGUGCCUUGGUUCCACCUGUGUUGCGCGUUUCUUGCCAAAUAAUAGAGAGAUAAUUGUUUGUGUGUUACAACUUUCUGUUAAUAUUUUCUACUUGAAACUUUUACGUACUGUGUAUACUAAUGUAUAUUUUUCUUUAAUAAAAGAAGUUUCUUGUUUA